AUGGCGGAAAUGAGCACCACUAAGCUGGAGCCGGACACUCACAUGCUGCUCGACCAGCCCCUGCUACGCCUUACGCACGAGCUUUGCCGCAAGAAUCUCAAGGCUGCGCAGCGACACAUCGAGCAGGCGAGCAAGAACGUGCAAAAGGAAGUCCAAGGCGCUGCCACCGCCGUCGCUGGAGGCCAACCGCCCGCGCAGACGCUCGCCGCACUCGAGGCCACGCUGGCCAAGGCGCAGACACUGAAGCGGAAGCUCGAAGCGCUCCACGCCGAAGAGCAGCAUUUACAUCGCCAGCAGCGCGCUCGCAUACAGCAUCUGCAAGAGUUGCACGAGAUCCCCAAUCUUGCCGAUGUCAAGUACGACAACUGGGCGCACGCCCGGCUCGAUCGGCUGUUGGUCGAUUAUCUGCUCCGGCAGGGUUACACGCAGAGUGCGCGGGAGUUGGCGGCGGAAAAAGAGGUGACGGACCUGGUGGAUGUGGACGUGUUUGAGGACUGUGGUCGUAUCGAGCGUAGUCUGCGCACAGGCAGGACGCAGGAAUGUCUGUCGUGGUGCAGCGACAACAAACAGGCGCUCAAGAAGCUCAACAGCAAGCUCGAGCUCGAGCUGCGCCUACAACAAUUUAUUGAGUUGGCACGCAGUGGAAGCCAGGUCGAGGCGAUUGUGCAUGCUCGCAAGUACCUCGCCAGUGAUCAAGACCCUAGCUUUGGCCUGAGAGCUGCAGGACUCCUUGCGCACCCUGCAGACACUCCUGUAGAACCAUAUCAGGAUAUGUACAAUACUGACAGAUAUGGCUAUCUUGCCGAGCACUUCAUCCGGACACAUCAUGAGCUCUUCAACCUCCCCACACAACCGCUAAUCCACAUUGCCCUCUCCGCGGGUCUCUCAGCUCUCAAGACGCCUACUUGCCACUCACAGUUCGCACUGCAGGCCAGUGCCAAUACGGGCGCGCCGGUCUGCCCAAUCUGCAGCACGGAGUUGAACGAGCUUGCUCGAAACGUGCCUUAUGCACAUCACACCAAGAGCCACAUCGAGGACGACCCUGUUGUCUUGCCCAACGGUCGUGUGUUCGGCAGGGAAAGACUGAAGAGGCUCAAUGAGAAGCUGGGGACCCGUUCAGGCUGUAUCAAAGAUCCAACCAAUCUGGAAGACGAGUGGGAUGAAAAGGACCUCAAGAAAGUGUACAUUUCCUAG